UUGUUCGUUUGUUUAUAUAUUUAUUUUUGUUUUGUUUACAGAAACAUCGCAGACGUCCACUGUUGUUACCAGAAUGAAGGACGGGCACGUUUUCUUCUUGGCGGUUUUCACUAUACUCGUGGCCAAACAAGUUCUGAGUCGCGGUGAACUUCUGACAAUAGGCCCGGGAUUGACCGGCCGGGAACUAACGCUGCUUGACGCUAGACGAACGUACUUGGAACAGUCCUCCCCUCUUCCAAAUGGUCAGCUGAUCACCUUUCGGGCAUUCGUGAAAUAUCCGAAUAGCUCCGAAGGCGACGGUGCCCAGUUUGGUGUGUGGAGCCGAGUGGGCGUGUUGACAUACAGGACGGAAUAUAUUUUUAAUGUGACAUUUAAACCGAAGACAGGUAUACAAGAGUUCAAAGUUCCCGAUACCGUGUAUGUAAAGAACGGCAGUCUGUUCGGUGUGACGUUCUUCCACGACGCCGGAUACAUAGCCCACGUCGUCGACGUGGAUCACGGCCGACUGAUGCUCACAGACCACUACACCGUGCUGCCGGCCGUCAACAGCACCAUCCAGAUAGUGUACGCCAACUACUUCCACUCCAUGUCGCUACAAGUGGAUAUUUACACAGAAAAAAGUCAGGCUGGAUCAAAAUGUCUUAAAUGCCCCGCGGGUAUGACUGGCGCAACUGGAGCAGAAGGACCAACAGGGGCCACAGGACCCAGAGGGCCCGCUGGAACUAGAGGAGUAACUGGACCGCAAGGGCCCGUUGGACCUAGAGGGGCCACUGGUCCCAAGGGGAUCCCUGGAGCCAGAGGAGCUACUGGUCCUGUUGCACCACCAGACCCCAAUCAGUGUCUGACAAAUAAUGGCGGAUGUAGCACAUAUUGCGUUGACACUGAACACGGCUACCAUUGCGAGUGUCAUUUGGGAUUCAAACUGGAGACCGACAACCGAACAUGUACAAAUAUCGACGAAUGUCAGGAGAAUAAUGGAGGUUGCCUUCAAAACUGUGAAGACACCGACGGCAGCUAUACGUGUUCCUGCAGGGAUGGCUAUACCCUGAGCAAGAACAACAGAGAUUGUGAUGAUGUCGACGAAUGCCAGAAGCCCAUGCCUUGUACGAAUGGACUUGUUCCACUGUGUGUAAACACAGUGGGCAGCUACCUGUGCAUCAACAUCGAGCCGAGUCCAUUUUAUGACGAGGCAUCGUUCAGUACCAACGAAUGCCUGGAGAAUAAUGGCGGCUGUAGUCAUAACUGUAUAGAUACCGAAGACGGUUACAACUGUUCCUGCAGGGACGGAUAUGUUCUCAGCAACAACAACAGAGACUGUGAAGAUAUUGACGAAUGUCAGGGUGCCACGCCGUGUUAUGCUUCAAUUAUGGAUCAAUGUAUCAACACAAUGGGAAGCUACGUGUGCGUACCGGGAAAUGUACUGGAUGAUGCAGCAGUGGUGAAUCUUGACACCCCAUCAUCGCCAUCAUCUCAAGUCCAGGAGUUCUACAGAGUGCAGAAGGGAGAGAAGGGUUUCACACCAGUGAUGGCGACGAUCACGUGGUUGUCCGUGAUCACCGUCCUCGUCAUCGGGAUGUGCAUCGUCAACGUCCGCUACUGGAGAAGACGCGGUGCGCAGACCAGUGCGCAGAAGGACGCUAGAAACCGCUUUAAAUCUAGAUCGACCACAGAGAGUCAAUCAGAUUUGCUGAACGUCUAAUACCAGUGACUUCCGGUUUUUUGUAUUUGAGUCUGUCUGCCAUAUAACCGUAAAUAAAAUGUGUUGAGUGCGUCGUUAAAUAAAACAUUUCCUUCCUUCCUUCCUUGAGUCUGUCUACCCACUGAUCUGUUUUUCUGUCUGUUUGUCUUUCUAUCUGUCUGUCUGCCUGUCUUUCUGUAUAUCUGACCGUGUUUCUGUGUAUAAGUUUGUAUGUUAUCAUGUCUGUUUCAUCAUCAUCGAUUUCAAAACGAGCCUGGCUUCCAGACAUGAUUGUAA